ACCUUUCCGCCACCAUUCUUUGUUCUCAUAUUCAAUCUCGUGCAGCAUGGCGAAGAAGAAGAAAGUAGGGGAAGAGGAGCAAUUUCACGUCGAGGUGAUCACAAAGGCAAGGGUGAACAAGAGUAAAUGGGAGUACUACGUCAAGUGGGCAGGUUACGAUUCAGAGGACAAUAGUUGGGAACCGGAGUCAAACGUGGAGACUUGUGAUCGUCUCUUGAAGAGCUUUUGGCGCAACUUCCCUCCAGAUGACGAGGAUUACCCAUCAGGAACUAUACUUGAAGCGAAACCUGAAUGGAUUGAACAAGAGAAGAAGUAUUUCGCGAAGAAUUUUGAAGGAACUCUGAAACAAGAGAAGGAAGAGGAAGAGGAGCCGAAACAGACAAAGAAAAGCAGGGGAAGGAAGGCUGUCAAACGAGAAGCUUCGACAUCGUCACUGAGAGUGGGAAGUUCCAAGAAGAUCAAGAAGGAGAUACCACCUUCGUCUCCUCAAAGCUCUGAAGAUGAAAGUAUAUCAAGCCACCCGCACCGGAAAAGACUUCGCAAACCAUCACCCGAGUACGCUUCGGAUAGCUCAGAUGACAAGCCUCUGAAGAAGAUUCCAAGGAUUCAUUCCUCCAAGAGUGGUUCAACGGUAUCAUCUUCUUCAAAGGGCAAAGAACGAGCGCAACCCACUCCGCCUCCGACAGGAGGGAAGGCUACACCACCAGUCCAGAUCCAGAAAGUUAGACUACCAGCCACCGCACCGAAGUCUGCGCCCCCAGUUCAGAAAGUCGACAUUUUUAAGGGUAACGAGCGUGCUCAACCAGCACCUCCGGCGAAGAAACCUCCCGCGCCGCAAGCAUCGAAUGAACGUGCAUCCAGUCCAUCUUCCCUCUUUUCAGCACCUUCAACUCCCAACAUAUCUGCCAACAAAACCUUGCCGUCGGCCCCUGAGCCAAUUCGCCCCAAACCAGCAGAACCGCCCACCAAACCUCUUCCGUCUCACAGGGCCCCCGGGAGAAUCAAGUUGAUGGAUUUCUCUGAGCAGAAUACGUCGAGUGGAAGUACCAUACCCACCAAACUAAGAAUCGCUAGAGGUGCUUCUGGCUCCGGACCAAAACCUGCUCAAGCUGCUAAAGCCGUCAAUCAAACAACCAAUAAACCUAGCCUUGAAGAUAUCAUACCCAAGAAGCCGUCUCUAAGUUUGCUUAAUUUCAAGAGGAAACCGAAAGGUGCAGAAGAUGGUAAAAGUCCCACAUCCCCACAGGUCGCUUCCGCUACAUCUUCAACUGGAGGGUUUGACUUUGGCCAGAGGAGUGCAGGUCAAUCAAGCAAAUUUUCCGACGUUGGCUCUCUUGUUCGUUCUCCUGCGUCAAUGCACGAUGAUUUGCCUGGCGAUCAGUUGAACGACAUCAAUUAUUUGUUCGAGGAGCCACCACCUCCAUCGGCAGCACCAGUCGAACGUCCAAAGGAUCCUAGACGACAACUUCCACGUCGCACUUCAAUGCAGAAGCAGGACCUGAUGGUCGAAGCGGAUCUUCUUCUAUCCACAAUGAUGCCCCCAGCGUUAGCUGCUCCUAUGCAUGAACCUACUGGACAGGAGGAGCUCACUUCACCAGUUGCAGGCCCAUCCGGAUUCACGGCGUCUCGUAUUGUACAACAACAGUCCAUGUCCAGAAUACCAAAGAAAUGGAAGUGGACCGGCGAGCUCUAUAUGGAUACCGGUCACGAUAUGGCAACGAAGCUUUGUAGUAUCACCUUGUCAGAUCCUACCGAACCCAAGCCUCAGGGCUUGCGUCUGAAUAUCUGCCUCUCAACGGCGGAUUCAAUUCGAUUCAAGAAGUUGCACGACGCACCAGAUUUGCCGACAAUGCUUCAAGCGAGCGAACCUGUUCAACAAUUCUGUAGGGUCACACACAAAGAAGCCGAGGACCUCAAUGCUUUGAAGACUCUUCAGACCUACAUGACCAAGAAGCGAAUGUUCACAUAUGCUCACGUGUAUCUUGACCACAAUCCCGUCGCUCUAUUGGUUGUAUUUCCUUCCACACAUACCGACAUUUGUAACCUCCUCAAGGUCCCACUGUAUCUCGCCCAUGACGGUGCCUUGAUAGCGGCCCUUAUCCCUUGGACUCUUGCCUCUGAACAGUACCAGAAGAACCGCUGGACAAAGAGUCGAUCACUCAUAUCCGCCACUGAACAUGGUUUAGAUCCCGGGUUCACAGAACUUUUCAAGACAACCGGCAAACAGCUGAUUCUCACUCAUCCUUCACUACAACGUGGUCUUCGUAUCCAUAAGUUCCCGAAGAAGCUCUUUGACAGUUUGACCAAGAAGCCUUAUUGCGUAUGGUUCUCGCCGACAGACGGACCCAUGAACAGUCCAGGCUUCGAAACUGCUUCCUUGAAAGCUGUCCUGAAAGCUUGUGGCGCGUUCGAUGUCGGAUACAAGAAGGAUGUCAAGGCUAUCUUCGUCCAUGUCGGCGCUCUCAACACUAUGCACAAGGUGCCAUCUAUCGCGAACCGACGUGCUAAAAUACCUGAUCUCCGAUUUUUCACUUACGGAACGCACGAGACUGUGCCCCCUGAGCGAUGGGGAGUGCGUGAAGUGUAUCCCAUAGGCGGUUGCGUAACUUUUACACCUUCUGCAUUCCUCGAGGAUCCUAUAGGAGUCUACCAGUUGAUCAAAAAAUUCGAUGAACAUCCAUUCUGGGCAGUUUUCCUUCCGCCGAAUGUGGUCGGCGUCAUUGCGAAAAUGGUUUGUAAUGGGAUAGAUCCUGUGUCGGUGUUUGAUAGUGAUAGCUUCGUCUUCACGCCUCUUUUGAAAUCAAUUAAAGAGGGUGAAGUUUCUCUGCUAACGGCGCCGCCUUUGCAACGAUACCCCAAAGAAUCUCUCUCAGUAGAGCGCAGGUGGGAUGAUCCGGCGAUGACUUGGAUAGUGGCACAAUUUCACCAGAUGUCAAUGACGCCUCGGGACUUGUUGGAUUCAUGCAUGCGGUCGUUGCAGGAGAAACAUGCUAAUGCAGAUGACAAGACGUUGGUUGCUACAAUCGGAAGAGAAGCCCUGGAGGAAAUGAGACAAAUGCAAUUCCAGCCGGUUCUCAUGGAUUCCUAUCGACGGUUUGUGGUUAUCAAGGCUAGGAAGGAAACAGAUCUCAACGAUCGUAACGAUACUCUGGAGUGUACUUCACUAGGGGAAUUCAAGUUUAGAGAUGAAGCUUUCGAUCUUCCUAAGAAGUGAUCGAAUGUAGCAGGUUAUUAGGGCUCCUACCUCUCCCGUAUCUAUUUGUACUUUCCUUUGGUAUCCUGUUGUUUUCUUUGCUUGACUUGUUGUUUCUCAUGUAUUCACAUAUAUCCUAGACAGAAAGGGUUAAUUCCGGAGAGUCUCAGAGGGUACAACGGUGGUCACCUAGGAUUCCAAGUUGAGGUUUGUGAGAGAUGUGCGGUCUCAAACUUUCGCUGAAGCUGUGAAAGGGAUGAUAAUCGUAGAACUCAGUAAAGAGGGGAUUUCUUAAAGUUUUUUUAGCUCAUCUGGGCUCAAAUCAGAGUGGUUAUAAGUA